AAGUAGCACUGGCAGGGUCCUAGCUAACCAGCUUAGAGCUGAUAGGCCUGACUGCGAGAGUGUUUUAUAGUGAACUGUUGUUACACCGUAGUGCUUUUGACACUCGAUGUAUAGACUCAAAUAUUAGAGAGUGGGAGAUACAUAUCUAGGGUAGGAAGGGCUAGUAGGUUUCUCUCUUUAUUUACGGUACCGUAGGUACGGCACCAUCUCGGCACCGGCUUGUACGAGCUGUAGGCAGCCUAGAGCUUGUAUUGUGCGACGCUUGUUCCUUCGGGAGGCGUGCAUGUGUAAAAACAAUCCAUUAAGGAGGCACGAUGCCACGCGGCAGACGCCCUGCCAGCCCCACUUUUGCAGUUGCGCGAUCUAGGUUGGGAAUUUUUAUACUAAGCCACUCCGUACGGGCGUUCGACGUAACGCAAUUAUCAGCAUGGGAGGUGACCUGCCGCGAGUACGCAGGGUUGCAGGACGGGGAUCAAACGCCGCUGAAUGCCGGACCACUCGCACAUCCGCCCGAGCGAUUCAACGAGACUGCGAUCUGGACGUUUGGCAACGAGGCGAUGACAGUGGCAGCCUCUAUCUUCGGGGGCAAAGCCAUGGACCUAGGGGCGUCGCUCGUCGCCGAGGCCAUACGGCGGCGCGAGCCGGCGAUGCUUGUUCGGCUACGGCUCCUCCGUUGUGCGGUGGACACCUGCAAUAACGCAACAAAAGUUCUCAUGUCGGCGGCGUAUGUGCUUCGGAGGUAUGGUGAAGUGCUGCAUUGGAGUGCGACACAGCCUAAUUCGAUGGCCCCGCCGACAAAUUUGAUUCGUGAGAAGGAAUUCACUGUGCACAAGGACCUGGACUCAGCGUUUCGCGGCCAACGUCGGGACCUGAAGCAAUUGCAGGCCUCGGGCAUCCUCUUCGCAGCGCUCGGUCUGCAGCAUCUCAAGCUCGCACUGUGCAACUUGCGAGACGUUUCGGACGCGAUCCGAGCGGCUGCGGGAGGACUUUUCGCAAGAUGGGGCGUCGCUUUCGGCAUCGCCGAGCUCGAGGUGGACGCCUACAGAUCGCUGUGCGCGAAUGAAGCGGCUUCGUUUUGCACCGCGGUUGAUACGCUUGUAGAAAUACCGUGGGGCGCAGACAAGCGGAGAUACCACUUUAAGAUGUUCAAAAUUCGUGCAAUGCGACUGUCACCUUUUGAAACGACCCUGUUUCUGGACAACGACGCGACACUCCUUCCCCGUCGCAUAUCAUAUAUUGAGGUAUUAAAGGAAAGAUUCGACGCAGUCGGCGUCGACUUCGCGGCGGAUCACGAGUUGGGGGGUUGCCAAACCGCAACGUGUCAGCGACGGCGGUUGGAUCGCCAGGAAUCUUGCAGCUUACCGUCCUGGCGGGAUCGCAAAGAGUUUGCGCGACUGCGCGGCUUGCUGCGCGAGGUCAACACUGGGACCAUGCUGCUGCGGAACACUAGCACCACGCAGCUGUUCCUCACACAUUGGGAGCACGUUGUUGCGCUGGGACCCAGGUUUGUGCCAGGGCACGGCCUUAAGGACCAGCCAGGUCUAGUCAUCGCCUAUGGAGAUACUCUUCCGACGUACGCGCGACUCGUGGAUCUGCUACCGGGCUUUGGCAACCCGCGAAGCUGCUGCGUGAGGUGCGCCAACUCCGCUCGGUGGAGCGACUGGCAGUCGGCGGACGAUUUUUGGGGAUUCAACGUCACUGCGCCCGGAUUUCCCCUAAGCCCGGGCCCGAAUUGUCGUUGCCUCGCGUGUCACGACAGUCACUCGAGCCACACCUCCCACAAGACGCCGGCGCCGAGUAUACCGCGUCACUGCUCUCUUUUUGGUCGCGCGACCGUGGAUUCGGCCAAGAAGGCUCACGCAUCUCCAAACCAACUUCUGGAUCAAGCCCUGGCUAUGACCGCCCCUAAUUCAACAUCGGCGGCUAACCCUGAUGAUAUUCCAUCGUUUCAGAACGUCAGCGAUCGACGCGGAGACGCAGCUGAGACCGAGCCUCCGCUCGACCGGGCCACCCUGGUCGUCCAGGGCUACUCGGCAAAGCGGGUCAAUCAACUCUGCAAAUGGGUGCACACCGCUCGAAGCUGGUCCGAUCUCAUCGAGGCCGUUCUCGUGGUGUGGAACGGAGCGCGGAGCAACUUCCGGUGCGACGGGGUCGCGGAAACCGAUAGGUGGUCUAAGACGGGUGACAUAUUCGCCUCACGCGUGCACUUUGCUGCACAUGAUCUGCUUGACAACCACUACGUUGUCCCCGCGACGUUGGACAUCCCGUCGGCAGUCGCGCUGGUCAUGGACGAUGAUGUCACAACCGACCGCGCGUCUUUUGCUUUGCAGAAAUCAACUUUUCAAGGUGAAUUCGUGCUGAAUCGUCGCGUUGGCCCCACGCUAUCGAUGCGACGUCUGCUUGAUGACUCGGCGGUGCGGGUCGCUCACCACUCUACUUCGCCAGCACGCCUCGUCGUCGCCGAGAAACGAGUGUGUGAAUUAUUAUCGGUGCACCCAACUCAGUGGUUGAUUUCUACUCAGGUCUGUUGCUUGCAUGAUCGAGAUCUGGCGCGCUGAUACGCGCCUCCUGGUCGCCCCAGCGCAUUCAGCGCGGGGCUUUAGUCGUACGCAGAUGGCAAUGAGCGGCCACCGAGCCGCAUUCUGCGCCUUUCUCCCGCGCGCCCCCCGCGUCCAAAUCGAGUUCACGAUUCCGACUGAGCCUACUCACACAAUCCAAAAGAUAAUAUAUAUGAAGCUAUGAAAAGUGUUGGGCAAUCCGGGUAUAACCGCAGGCAAAUGCUCCUCGUGCACAAGAAAUAUCUUGUUGAGUACGCGCGGCACGCGGCGCUUCGCGCUCUCGUGAACGCGACGCCCGUUUGCGAACAUCGGUGUGAAAUCAACCGGCGGGGUCGGUUCGGCCCGAGUCUAGCCUUCGACGAUGCAUUGUGGUUUAAUAUCUACGCAGGCGAGGAUUAUGCCUUUGGAGCAGCCGUUGGCGUCGCAGCACGCCGCUUGGCCGGGCCUUUGGACGAUCCGCUCAUGGUCCACGCCGUCGCCAUAGGUCUCAACAAGCACGGUGGCGAUGGCCACGGCAUCGAUGACCUCUCUGGAGCUCGGGGGUUCCGGAGUACCCGAAGUUCGUGCCCCACCCGCGUCGCUGACGUCAUCCGCUCGAACCGCGACGGGCUCUUCACUGGCCAACCCUUUGUCCCUUCGACGCUCACGCUCCAGUGUGGCGCCUCGAAUAUCUCCGCGGCCCGGGAACAAGCAUCCAUCGCGCUCAAAGGGCGACAGCACGCGGGCCAGUGCCGGAUCUAGGUCAUUCAUACGACUUGGACCACUAACGUAGCGGCCGCAGGAGACUGGAGGGUGCCAGCCUUGUCUCUCGCCACGCUGGCGAGUCUUAAAAGACUCAUCUAACUCAAAAAUAACCCCCGCCCCAAAGUUACCUUCAAGUUAAAAUUCAAGUUGGAGUCACGGUUAUAAAAUAAAAAUAAAUAAAUCUUAAGG